CGGCUCACGUCAGCGCCGGCGCGGGCCUGGCUGGGCCCUGUGGGGCGGGAGGGAAGCAGCGCCGGAGCGAGAGCCGCGGCCGUCGCCCAGAACCCAGGCGCGCCGCCCGACGCCCUCCUGUCCGCUCCGCGCCGCUUCGUGCCGGCUCGUUCGCUCGCUUGCCCGUCGCCGUGUCCUGCAGCGGGGGCCAAGCAUGGUCAUGGCGGAUGGCCCGAGGCACUUGCAGCGCGGGCCGGUCCGGGUGGGGUUCUACGACAUCGAGGGCACGCUGGGCAAGGGCAACUUCGCCGUGGUGAAGCUGGGGCGGCACCGGAUCACCAAGACGGAGGUGGCAAUAAAAAUAAUAGACAAAUCACAACUGGACGCAGUGAACCUUGAGAAAAUCUACCGGGAAGUACAAAUAAUGAAAAUGCUCGACCAUCCUCACAUCAUUAAACUGUAUCAGGUAAUGGAGACCAAAAGUAUGUUGUACCUUGUGACAGAAUAUGCCAAAAAUGGAGAAAUUUUUGAUUAUCUUGCUAAUCAUGGCCGAUUAAAUGAAUCUGAAGCCAGGAGAAAAUUCUGGCAAAUUCUGUCUGCUGUUGAUUAUUGCCAUGGCCGGAAGGUAGUGCACCGUGACCUGAAGGCUGAAAAUCUCCUGCUGGAUAACAACAUGAAUAUCAAAAUAGCAGAUUUCGGCUUUGGAAAUUUCUUUAAAACUGGUGAACUUCUGGCAACCUGGUGUGGCAGUCCACCUUAUGCAGCCCCAGAAGUCUUUGAAGGGCAGCAAUAUGAAGGACCACAGCUGGAUAUAUGGAGCAUGGGAGUUGUUCUUUAUGUCCUUGUCUGUGGAGCUCUGCCUUUUGAUGGACCAACUCUCCCUAUUUUGAGGCAGAGAGUUUUGGAAGGAAGAUUCCGGAUCCCAUAUUUCAUGUCAGAAGAUUGUGAACACCUCAUUAGAAGGAUGUUGGUCCUAGAUCCUUCCAAACGGCUGAGCAUAGCUCAAAUCAAGGAGCACAAGUGGAUGCUCAUAGAGGUUCCUGUACAGAGACCUAUUCUCUAUCCACAAGAACAGGAAAAUGAGCCAUCCAUUGGAGAAUUUAAUGAGCAAGUUCUGCGACUGAUGCACAGCCUUGGGAUUGAUCAGCAGAAGACUAUUGAGUCUUUGCAAAACAAGAGCUAUAAUCACUUUGCUGCCAUUUAUUUCUUGUUGGUGGAACGUCUGAAAUCACAUAGGAGCAGUUUUCCUGUGGAGCAGAGACUUGAUGGCCGCCAGCGCCGGCCUAGCACCAUUGCUGAACAAACAGUUGCCAAGGCACAAACUGUGGGGCUACCAGUGACCUUGCAUCCACCGAGCAUGAGACUGAUGCGAUCUACCCUCCUCCCGCAGGCAUCCACUGUGGAGGCCUUUUCAUUUCCAACAUCCAGCUGUCAAGCAGAAGCUGCCUUUAUGGAGGAAGAGUGUGUCGACACUCCAAAGGUGAAUGGCUGCCUGCUUGACCCUGUGCCCCCUGUCCUGGUGAGGAAGGGAUGCCAGUCACUGCCCAGCAGUAUGAUGGAGACCUCCAUCGAUGAAGGGUUGGAGACAGAAGGAGAGGCCGAGGAAGACCCCAGUCAGGCCUUUGAAGCUUUCCAGGCCACACGCAGUGGGCAGCGACGGCACACUCUGUCAGAAGUGACUAACCAAUUGGUUGUGAUGCCUGGGGCAGGGAAAAUUUUCUCCAUGAGUGAUAACCCCUCCCUUGACAGUGUGGACUCUGAGUAUGAUAUGGGGUCUGCCCAGAGGGACCUGAACUUUCUGGAAGACAGCCCUUCCCUGAAGGACAUCAUGUUAGCCAAUCAGCCAUCACCCCGAAUGACAUCUCCUUUCGUAAGCCUCAGACCUGCCAACCCAGCCAUGCAGGCUCUGAGCUCACAGAAGCGUGAGGCCCACAACCGGUCCCCUGUGAGCUUCCGAGAAGGCCGCAGAGCAUCAGAUACUUCCCUUACACAAGGAAUUGUAGCAUUUAGACAACAUCUUCAGAAUCUUGCUAGAACCAAAGGAAUUCUAGAGUUGAACAAAGUACAGUUGCUGUAUGAACAGAUAGGAUCAGACGCAGACCCUGCCUUAUCAUCAACUGCUCCUCAGCUCCAAGACCUUUCGAGCAGUUGUCCUCAGGAGGAAAUCUCUCAGCAGCAGGAAAGUGUCUCCGGGCUCUCUGCCAGCAUGCACCCUCAGCUUUCGCCACAGCAAAGCUUGGAAACUCAGUACCUACAGCACCGACUCCAGAAGCCCAGUCUUCUGCCGAAGGCCCAGAGUCCUUGUCCAGUGUAUUGUAAAGAACCUCCUCGGAGCCUGGAGCAGCAGCUGCAGGAGCAUAGGCUCCAACAGAAGCGACUCUUCCUCCAGAAGCAGUCUCAGCUGCAAGCAUAUUUUAAUCAGAUGCAGAUAGCAGAGAGCUCCUACCCUGGACCAAGUCAGCAACUGGCUCUUCCCCACCAGGAGACUCCACCAGCAUCCCAGCAGCCCCCAUCAUUUAGCCUGACCCCAGCCUUGAGGCCUGUCCUCGAGCCCUCUUCUGAGCAGAUGCAAUUUAGCUCUUUCCUCAGCCAAUAUCCAGAGAUGCAGUUGCAGCCCCUUCCCUCUACACCCAGCCCCCGGGCUCCACCUCCCUUACCCUCCCAAUUGCAGCCACAGCAGCAGCCACCACCCCCACCUCCACCCCCACCCCCUCCACCACAGCAGCCUGGAGCUGCUCCAGCCUCCUUACAGUUCUCCUAUCAGACUUGUGAGCUGCCAAGCACCACUUCUCUACCAAACUAUCCCGCUUCCUGUCACUAUCCUGUGGAUGGAGCCCAGCAGAGCAGCCUCACAGGGGCAGACUGUCCCAGGAGCUCAGGACUUCAGGAGACCGCAACUAGCUAUGACCCACUGGCCCUCUCUGAGCUCCCUGGACUCUUUGAUUGUGAAAUGGUAGAAGCUGUGGAUCCACAACACAAUGGAGUGGCUUGUCCAAUCAGCAGAUGAAUGCACUAAGCACAAAGCGUCCUCCUUAAAGCACAAGAAGAGAGCUACUCCACAGAUGCUGCCUCUAGAAACACCUAUAAGUUGCCUUUCCUCUCUGUAGUAAGUGUCCAGGCAGGCAAGGGAAGACUAGGCGUGGGAAGUCUCCGGAGAGCCAUCCUGGCCCGCAGCCCAGCCCAGCCCAGCCCUGCCAGUGUUGGUGACUCAAGCAGUCCUUGAGGCUGGCCAGAGACUGUAGUUGUUGGGCUCCCCACUGGUGCCAGGCUGCUUUGGAAAUGUGUUCUGCUUGGAAUUGGGCUGUGGGUUACAGCAGGAGUAGAUAGCAGGAGCGACUGUCAUUUUUGUGAUUUAAUAACUGAAAAUCCAAUAAGGAUAACUUGUGUUUCUUUUAUUAAUUCUGUCCCUCCUCAUGCUUAAAGAUUGAUGAUUUCAUUGGAGAGAUCAUUUCAUUAAGAUCUCUGAUAUGUUUAAAGCUUUGCAAAAUAAGCCAAGUUAAAAAGCGGGGCUUGAUUUGUUUAGACUGAAGGAGAAUGUUUUCCCAGCAUAACUGCAGAAGUGCUGUAAUAUUGACGAAAUGAAAAUGCCUUCCAGAUUGAAAAUGGGGGCUGCUCAUUUCAUGACUGCAGGAACAGACCGCAGCAGAUUGGCAUAAACCCCUGCCCCCCAACAGGGCUGUGAGCUGCUUAGCCCAGGAGACUUAGCAGCCAUAGCAGGACAGUUAGGCAACAGAUGAGGGGCUGCGGAGAGGCUGUCAGAAGGCUAAAGGCUGCAGAGAGAAGCUGGGAACGCUCAUCAGUGGCCAAGCCUGUUAGGCACUGACACACAGAGAGGUGAGGACAGUCGCCUUGUGAAGACCAAGAACCGUCCUGCUGGAACCUGUCGUAAGCUCCCAUUUUCUCCUUCCUCACUUUCAAGUAGACAUCCCUAGCUCCACAGCUACCAUUAUUUCCUGAGAUGGAAGCUGGUGAGAACAAUGGGCUCUCCACUCAUCUGAUUACUUCUGUGUCUGCCCCCAACUAGUGACCCAUAGAAGCCUCCAAGUCGUUUCUCCUCACAAUUACUAAAGCAACACUAAGAAGGCUUAGGUCCACUCUUGUGGAGAGGCAGCUUUGUAAUACUGACGUGUUUGCCUGUCGGUUCACAUCAGCAGUGUGUACACUACUGUAUAGUAGCCCUUAGCUUUGUUAUCUUGUAACUAGCCUCUCCAAAGAGACUGGUGAGUCAAACAUGAGGUAAAAUUUUCAUUCGGCAAAAAGUGCAA